AUGGCUAGCAAAGAAUCUGGACCCGCGAAGCCUUCUUUUUCCAGACCUGCUUAUCAGCUCACUCCGGAGCAGGUUGCUCAGGAACUCCAGACAAAUGUCGAUACAGGCUUGUCUCCAGCUCAAGCCGAGCAAGCACUUAGCAAGUACGGCCCAAACGAACUAGAUGGGGGCGAAGGGAUUCCUAUAUGGAAGGUCUUUGUCAAACAAAUUAGUAAUGCUAUGAUCUUGGUCCUCAUUCUUGCAAUGGCUCUGUCUUAUGGUGUCCAAGAUUGGAUCGAAGGUGGUGUUAUCACUGCCGUUAUUGCUCUCAACGUAACCAUUGGUUUCUUUCAGGAAUAUAGAGCUGAGAAGACAAUGGACUCUCUCCGAAGUCUCUCAAGCCCUACAGCUGCUGUCCUAAGAGACGGAAAUGUCGAACACAUCCCAAGCAAGACUGUGGUACCUGGUGAUAUCGUUGAAUUGAAGACGGGGGACGUCGUUCCCGCAGACCUCAGACUAUUUGAUGUCAUGAACUUCGAAACGGACGAAGCAUUACUCACUGGUGAAUCCCUACCAGUAAUGAAGGACCCUAUGUUGGAUCUCAACGAGGAGACUGGGGUUGGCGACAGGAUAAAUAUGGCCUUUUCUUCAUCGACGGUUACCAAAGGACGUGCUCGUGGUAUUGUCACUGGUACGGGUAUGGCUACUGAGAUCGGAGCAAUUGCAGAAUCCCUUUCUGGUAAAGACAAGAAGCCAAACCGAUCAAUGUCUCGUAAGAAGUACGGUACCCUUCAACCUGUCAAGGGUGCAGCUCUUAACACCUGGGAUGCUAUUGGUAAACUACUUGGGCUCACGGUUGGCACACCCCUUCAAAAGAAGCUGUCUAAAUUGGCAUAUGUCCUGCUUUUCUGCGCUAUCUUGCUUGCCAUUAUCGUGUUUGGUGUUAACAAGUUUAACGUCACUCAUGAAGUUACUAUUUAUGCUAUCUCGCUUGGUAUUGCCAUCAUUCCGGAGUCCUUAAUUGCUGUCUUGACCAUCACUAUGGCCGUCGGCAUGAAAAGAAUGGUCAAACGCAAGGUUAUUGUGCGCAAACUUGACGCUUUGGAAGCUCUUGGAGGUGUUACCAAUAUUUGCUCUGACAAGACUGGUACAUUGACUCAAGGAAAAAUGGUUACUCGUAAGGCUUGGAUUCCGGGUAUUGGAAUCUAUAGCGUCGACCGCACUGGCGAGGCCACCGAUCCGACAUCUGGUACCAUUCGCCUUGGGCCUGCACCUACUGCGGCUUCAGAGGCAGAUGCCGAAAAGGAAUACCAACGGAAACAGGAUGAACGUGAUCAAGCUCGUUCUGCUCUCGCAUUGAAGUUCGCCGAUGAACCUAGACCCCGAAAAAAGCCUGAAGUGCCAGAAAUGAUGCAGGAACAAGAAAAAGGAGAAAUAUCAGGGGAUCAAGAAGUGCCUGAAGUGGGAGCGGAGUUGGGGGCUUUCUUGCAGUCCUCUGCACUUUGCAACUUGGCAACUUUACGAUUUGAUGAACAGAAAAGCAUGUGGCAAGCUACCGGCGACCCAACAGAAAUUGCCUUGCAAGUUUUUGCACAUCGAUUCGACUAUGGGAAAAAGAAGCUUACCUCUGAUGGAUGGAAACAACUCGGUGAAUACCCUUUCGAUAGUGACGUCAAGAGGAUGUCUGUCAUCUUCCAGGAACCAAACGAGGGGAAAUACCUUAUCUUUGCCAAAGGUGCUGUUGAAAGGAUUCUUGAUCUCUGUACCGAUAUUGGAUUCGGAGAGAACACCCAGCCCAUGACCGAGGAGCUUAAGGAGGAAGUCACUCGACAAAUGUCGUUGCUCGCUGAUCAAGGAUUACGUGUUUUGGCAAUUGCUCGUAGAGUUGUUGAAAGCCCUCCUAAGGACUGGACCGAAUUUCCCCGAGACCAGGUUGAACGAGAACUCACGCUUAUGGGCCUUGCUGGGCUUUACGAUCCACCGCGUCUCGAGACCAAAGAUGCUGUCAGAGAAUGUACUGAGGCCGGUAUUCAGGUUCACAUGUUGACCGGAGACCAUCCUGGAACUGCUCGCGCCAUCGCUCGAGAAGUCGGGAUCAUUCCUAGAGACUUUGGAUCUUUCCCCCCAGAUGUUGCCAACAGUAUGGUCAAAACUGCUGCCGAGUUCGAUGCUCUUACAGAUGAAGAAAUUGACAAUCUUCCGACGCUACCGUUUGUCAUUGCUCGAUGUGCUCCCAACACCAAAGUUCGUAUGAUCGAUGCCCUCCAUCGAAGGAAUAGAUAUGCAGCGAUGACGGGAGAUGGUGUCAACGACUCUCCUAGUUUGAAGAGAGCUGAUGUUGGUAUCGCAAUGGGGCUUGGAGGGUCUGAUGUUGCAAAGUCUGCAUCUGACAUUGUGCUUACCGAUGACAACUUCGCUAGUAUCGUUAAUGCCGUUGAAGAAGGAAGAAGGAUGUUUGACAAUAUUCAAAAGUUUAUUCUUCAUCUUCUCGUUUCUAACGUCGGAGAAGUCAUCCUUUUGAUUAUUGGACUUGCUUUUCAGGACAAGAACAACCUCUCGGUCUUUCCGCUUGCACCUCUUGAGAUCCUGUGGAUCAACAUGUUGACAAGUUCAUUCCCCGCGUUUGGAUUGGGAUUGGAGGCUGCUUCUUCCGAUAUUAUGAGACGACCACCGCACGACUCUAAGAGGGGUGUUUUCACAAAACAAAUUCUCGUAGACAUGAUCGUAUACGGAACAAUUAUGGGCUCCUUAUGUCUUUGCACCUUUGUAAUCAUUGUCUUCGGCGUCGGCGACGGAAACCUUGGAGUAAACUGCAAUGCUUCCUAUACGCCAGAGUGUGACCUGGUCUUCAGGGCUAGAGGCGCCGUAUUUGCAGAGCUAACUUGGUUGAUUUUGAUUUCGGCAUGGGAGUUCAAGAGCAUUCGCCGAAGCAUGUUUAGACUCGACCCUUACCAAACGGAACACAAAUUCCCAUUUUUCAAGGAUAUUUACGAGAACAAGUUCUUGUUUUAUUCUGUCUUCAUUGGCGCCUUAUCUGUCUUCCCAGUCGUUUACAUUCCAACCUUGAACACGCAAGUGUUUAAGCAUAAAGGGAUCACUUGGGAAUGGGCGUUGUCUAUUGGUGCUGUUCCAAUUUUUAUUCUUGGAGUCGAACUAUGGAAAUUUACCAAGCGCUACACUGGCUGGUUUAACCGCGGCGAGUCUGAUAGAGUGAAAAAAGAUGCUUCACUCAGUUUGCGUCAAGGAUUCUUCACAAUGGCAAAGACCAUCACACAACCAAACUCAAUCCGAUCAAGGAGAAACUCAAUGAGUGGCGUCGGCUCCAGGACCACUACUAUGGAGAAGAGGCCGGCCGUCGGAGACGAGUUGGUUUAA